GGUGACGCAACCGUAGACGCUGUUUGCUGCUUGUCCCUCAUCGACCCCACGUCUGGAAUCCUCUACUCACUCCUCCUUCCCCGCAACACCAUCCUCAACACAGCACCAACAUGGCUUCCGAAGCUUCUCCUGACGUGCCCAAGGGCCGGAAGAGAUUCAUUCCUCUUGAGAACAACCCGGAGGUCAUGACGGCCCUCGUUCACAAGCUCGGCCUGUCGGACAAGCUUGCCUUCCACGACGUCUUCAGUAUCGACGACCCCGAACUCCUUGCCUUUGUACCGCGGCCUGCCCAUGCCCUCCUCCUCGUGUUUCCCGUGAGCCAGACGUACGAAAAAUUCCGCAUCCAAGAAGACAAAGAUAGGCCAGAAUAUCAGGGCCAUGGCCCGGACGAAGAAGUGAUUUGGUACAAGCAAACUAUCGGCAACGCCUGUGGCCUGAUUGGCCUGCUCCAUGCAGUCUCGAAUGGCUCGGCACGUACACACAUUCAAGCCGAUUCCAACCUAGCUAAGCUUGUUCAAAAUGCGAUACCACUGAAACCCGCCCAGCGAGCUGACCUCCUCUAUGAAUCCGAGGCUCUCGAGAGUGCGCAUCAAAGUGCGGCAUCGGGCGGAGAUACCGCUGCACCCCAGGCUGACUCCGAUGUGGACCUGCAUUAUGUUUGCUUCAUCAAGUCGGACAAAAACCAUCUAUGGGAGCUUGACGGCCGUCGUAAAGGUCCCCUCGACCGUGGUGCGCUAGCUCCCGAAGAGGACCUUCUUAGCGACAAGGCUCUGGAUUUGGGUGUGCGUAGCUUCCUCAAGCGCGAGGCCGAAGCUGGCGGAGGCGAACUGCGCUUCAGUCUAAUCACGCUCGCCGAAUCAUUUUAGCACGACGUGAAACAAUGGAAGCUCGUCAGUCUGCCCCAAGGCCGGGGCAGCCUUACACGUCAUUUUCCAAUAGUGGCCGCGACGGUUGGCACCACUGUUGACCAACAGUCGUGAUAGCGGGGCGACUAAGUACGAGCUGCCGUAAGCAAAGCCUUCCGUGUGGCCUGGACCAAGUCCUUAUUAAGGGGUGAGUGACGUUUUAUUACUGUUCGAGUCGAACCAGGUACCCCAGAAUUCCGGCUUGCCAUGUGCCGCUGU